AUGGCUUCCUCCGCUCUUCGUACAUCAGCAUUGCGGACAAUGGCUCGUCCCCAGCAACGUCUGGCCUCCAUCCAACGGCACUUCAGCACAAGCCGGCCGGUCCAGCAAGAGAUUCGCGAUGCCUAUAUCAUAAGCGGUUCAAGAACGCCGACGGGAGUGUUCAACGGCGCCUUCACAACCGUCUCCGCACCCCAACUCGGCGCCGAAGCCAUCAAGUCCGCCCUCGCAAAGUCCACCGUUCCCGUCUCCAAAAUCGACCACGUCUACAUGGGCAACGUGCUCCAGGCCGGAGUCGGCCAGGCCCCGGCCCGUCAAGCAGCCAUCUUCGCCGGCAUCCCCACCUCCGUCGAGGCCACCACCAUCAACAAAGUCUGCGCCUCCGGCCUGAAGGCCGUCACCCUGGCCGCCGGCCAGAUCCAGCUCGGCGAAAGCGAGGCGCUGAUCGCAGGCGGCAUGGAAAGCAUGACACGCACCCCCUACUACCUGCCCCGCGCAUCCCUCCAGCCCGCAUUCGGGGAGCAGAAGCUCGCCGACGGCCUCGUUGCCGACGGCCUCUGGGACGUCUACAACCAGAUCCACAUGGGCAACUGCGCCGAGAACACGGCCAAGAAGCACGGCAUCAUACGCCAGGACCAGGACGACUUUGCCAUCCUGACAUACAAGCGCGCGCAAGCAGCCUGGCAAGACGGCCUGUUCGCCGACGAGGUCGUGCCCGUGACGGUCAAGAGUAAGAAAGGCGACACGAUCGUCCGCGAGGACGAGCAGUACACCAAAAUCAAGCUGGACAAGCUGCCCACGCUCAAGCCCGUGUUCGACCGCAGCGACAAGGGCAGCAUCACGGCCGCGAACAGCUCCCCGCUCAGCGACGGCGCGUCCGCGCUGGUCCUGGGCAGCAAGGAUGUCGCGCGCGAGCACGGCAAGGAGUCGCGCGUGCUGGCGCGUGUCGUGUCAUACGCAGAUGCAUCCGUCGACCCGAUCGACUUCCCCGUCGCGCCGGCAAAGGUGGUCCCGAUCGUGCUCGACAAGGCCGGGCUGAAGAUUGAAGACAUUGCAGUCUGGGAGUUCAACGAGGCGUUUGCGGCGGUCAUCAAGGCCAACGGCAAGAUCUUGGGUAUUGGCGACGACAAGGUGAAUCCGAGGGGCGGGGCCAUUGCGCUGGGCCAUGCGCUGGGCAGCUCCGGGAGCAGGAUCUUGGUUACGUUGCUGCAUCAGCUGGAGAUUGGGCAGUAUGGCGUUGCGGCUAUUUGCAAUGGUGGUGGAGCGGCGACUGGCUGCGUUGUGCAGAGGAUUGCACAUUCGGAUUUGUAG